AGCACAAAAUAUUUAGUUUCCCCAUAUAACCAUUUUUUGGUUCCCAUUUAAUUAAUAAAACGUUGAAAGUUAUUCCAAUAUGGUAAUAUUUUCAUUUGACUUUGACUCUUAAAUAAGGUAGAAAACGAUAACAACAAGCCUUUUUGACGAACUAUCUUAUAUAUGUAUUCAUCAAUAGUCUCAUAUAUUGUGUACAGUGAGAGAGACCAAAAUAAAAUAAAACAUCAAAUUAGAUAGAUCUCAAUCAUUAUGGCCAAAACUCUCCAGCGACCUUUUCUCCUUCUAACGGUGGCCACUGUGCUAUUCUCAACCGCUCCGUUUUCAAACGCUAUUCCAUUUAUAGUGUUUCACGGAAUUGGAGAUCAAUGCUCAGGUGGAGUUAGUAACUUCACGCAACUCCUAAGCAGCGUCUCCGGCUCUCCUGGCUCUUGCUUAGAGAUAGGAAACGGAGAGGAAGACUCAUGGUUCAUGCCACUAGUGCUACAAGCAAGUGAAGCGUGUAAGAAAGUUAAACUGAUGAAUGAGCUGAGUCAAGGUUACAACAUUGUUGCAGAGUCUCAAGGAAACAUGGUGGCUAGAGGCCUUAUCGAGUUCUGCCACGAUGCUCCUCCUGUCAUCAACUAUGUCUCCUUAGGAGGACCUCAUGCUGGCAUCGCUAGAGUCCCCAAGUGUCCAUCUGGUCUAAAAUGUGAUAUAGCAGAAGCUAUCUUGAAGUUAGAGAUCUAUAACGACUUCGUUCAAGAUCAUAUUGCUCCUAGUGGUUAUAUCAAGAUCCCUGGUGAAAUGACGAAGUAUUUGGAACAUUCCCAGUAUCUACCAAAGCUUAACAAUGAGAGACCUGACGACAGAAACUCCAUUUUCAAAGACCGUUUCGCGAGCUUACAUAACUUGGUUCUUGUCAUGUUCCAGGACGACACAGUACUGAUCCCCAAAGAAACUUCUUGGUUUGGAUAUUAUACAGAUGAAGGGUUUGGUACCCUUUUGUCAACUCAAGAGACAAAACUAUACACAGAAGACUGGAUCGGUCUGAAAGCAUUGGAUGACGCGGGAAAAGUAAAGUAUGUGAGUGUCUCCGGGGAGCACCUUAUGAUAUCGUUUCAGGACGUUGUGAAAUACGUUGCGCCUUACUUGAUGCAGAUAAGUUAGUAAUUUCUGUAAUGCGACUCUUCUUGUCAUUUUAUGAAGUUUCAAAUAGGUUUGUUUUUUUUAUACAUUGUUUAAGAAAAAUUUAGCUCAUAAAAUAAUAUUUUUAAUUAGUGUCUCUCUGCAUCCUGCGCAAGCAUAUAAAUAUUUCUUAAUACCUGCUUUGUCAAUUCAAAAACCAUCAGGAAUUGUUGUUGUUCAUGCGUUCUAAAUAAUCAAUAAUAAAUUGAAACCAAAAUUUUAAUACAUAACAAUAUCUUUAAUCAAAAUACACAGGGUCAAAGAUCUAUUUUUUCACUAAAAAAGACAUUCAUUUGAAAAAUUAUUCCACGUCAGAAAAAGUUUGGAAUAAGUGGAAUGCUAGUUCCAUUCCAUAAAAUUCCAAAAAUUAUUGUCUCUAUUGUUCCGCAUAUUCAUUUUGCAAGUUACCAGUUACAGUCCCAGUAUCUUCUAGACCAUGUCUGAGAUAUGUAGUUCCUGAAAAAAAACAAUAUUUCUAGUAGAUUGUUUGCUGUUUAGGGUGGUCGACGUCACACAUAUGGAAGCCACUGGCCUCGAGCCAGAGAUCAGUCCAGACAUUUGCGACAGUUUCACAUUUUCGUUCUAAUUACGAAAUUAUGCAGAAUUUUUACUUAUAUAUUUUUAGAACUAAAAACAGUAGAUUUGCUAUUGUAGUUAUGAUGAUGAGUCUCAGUUUCUAUGGUUUGACAAACCUUUCUUAAGCAUAUAUGGUUGUUUUGAUUUGGCAAGUUAAAAAAUAAUAAAACAAC